CACAACCCCACCACAAACACAAACAAAAACACAAAAACACACAUAGACAGACAUGAUCUCCUCCACAGUGUUGUUCUAUGGGAACUACGUGCUGUGCCUGUGUCUGGGACUGCUGUGUGUGGUGUUUGUCAGUUACUGGAACAUCGAGUGGCGUGGUGGCUUUGCCUGGGAUGCGUCCUUUCUGCAGUUCAACUGGCAUCCCGUGCUCAUGGUGACUGGCCUGGUAGUCCUGUAUGGGAACGCGGCUAUCCUAUACCGCAUCCCCUUUACCUGGAGUCAGAGGAAGCAGCACUGGAAGCUGGUGCACGCUGCUCUGCUGCUGUCCUCCCUGAUCCUGUCCAUCCUUGGGCUGUGUGCUGUGUUUGACUUCCACACAGGCUACCACAUCCCCAACCUGUAUUCCCUCCACAGCUGGGUGGGCAUCUUCACCGUAGUCCUGUUCACUGCCCAGUGGCUCCUUGGCCUGGUUGGUUUCCUGUCUCCCUGCUCUCCCCUCGGGUUCCGUAAGCUCCUGAAACCAGUUCACGCCUGGAUGGGCAUGGCCAUCUUUAUCCUCAGCCUGGCCUCCUGUCUCUCUGGCAUCAACGAAAAACUGCUCCUUGCUCUCAAUGGCAACAGCAACAGCACCGCAGCCUAUUCCUCACAUCCUGCAGAGGCCUUGUUUGCUAACUUCCUGGGUGUCCUAAUCGUGGCCUUUGGGUUGGUGGUCCUUGGAAUCCUGUCCAACCAGAGGUGGAAGAGGCCGGAGCCAGGGGAGGAGAGCUCUAGAUCAUUGCUUCCGGAGGACAACUGAAGAAGUAGAAGACCUUGGUGUUCUCUUCUUCUCCCUGCCCUUUUCUAUUUUUGGAUAAUGGAUCAAUUGGAGACGAAGAACACUCUGAUGUUCCCUCCUGUGUCUCAGAACACCAGCUGUGGUAGUAGUUACACGUGACAUGAUGACUGACAUGCAAUGUUUUUACUCUAUACCGUCUAUAGUAUAUGGGAGACUAUGUGCAUUAAAGCCUUAUUGUGUGGUAUAAGCCCUAUAGAAAAGUUUGUGGUCAUACACACAUCCUUAAAAACAUAGGUGUUGGGCUAAUAAAGAAUACUAGUAUAGAACAAUAAUUCACCACUUUAUUGACAACCUUUUGAACCAAAACUAAUUUUUGUCAGGUAAAAAAUAAAAAACUGAGUGCUCACAUCCCAAAAUAUACACAUUUCACCUCAUAUGACCAUUGCUGACAUGACGCAUGGUGGGUGCAAAAGCAAUUUGUGUGUCUCUAAUAGGGUAAUAACUAUCACAUGUCAGGUAAGACCCAGAUGCAGACAACGUCGAAGUAACAACAGUUUAUUAAUCGAACAGGG